GAGGGUGGGGUCAGGUGGAAGCAAACGCACUCAACCAACAGGAAUCAGCUAUUUACCUGCUGCAAAGGUGAGCCUGAGCUUUCUAUUCCUUGUGUGCACAAUCUACAGGGACUCGUUUGUUUCUGCCGUCUACCUGGACUGCCUUGGAAACAUGCAUCGCUGCUAGAGAGGAUUUGUAUUCUGAACAAGGACUAUAAGCUACCAAAAUGAAGAAAAACAGCUCCAUGCAGGGGACUCUUAAUAAGCUUUUUGGGAAGAAAAACAGUAAUAACAAUUCGCUGUAUGUGGACAAUCCACCAUGGAUGAAGCCUCAGGGAGUCAAGAAGACGUCAGUUGACUACCACGAUGACAUACACAACUCCUUUUCAUUCCUGGAUGACUCUGGGACUGCAACACUUAAAUCUCGACCCGGUCCCCGCGUCAGACCAACACUUCAGUUCUCAACCAGUAACACAGAUACUCAAGGACUUGCUGUACCUACUCCAUCUGUCCCAUCAGGGUAUUCUGACAAUGCUUCUAUAGGUAAUGGACCAAAGAUGAAUGGAAACUACAGAAUGUGUAGUUCUGUUGGGGAUCUGCGCUUAACCAAUUAUUAUGAACAUCUCGAUGAGGACAUUCCUGCACCACCUUCUAUGCCACCUCCACCACCACCUUCUAUGCCACCUCCACCACCACCUACAAAGUUUCAUGCUGCUCCACCCCAAGAAAGCCCUCCUUCGUCCACAAUUUCCUCUCCUCCAGUAUCUCCAAGUGUACCAGACUUCAUACCACCCACUCCAUAUUCUUCUGCAACAACCGUACCUAAUUAUGAGCCUUCAACAUACACUUCUACAGUUUCUCAACAACGCCAGACUGAUAAUUCCAAAUGGAAAUCGGAAGGAGCAAAAGAUAUGCCUAUAAGCUUGCCCAACAGGUUUUCUUUAAAUACUGCUGCUUUUCAGCACAAUCAUGGACAGACAACAAGCUAUGUGGAUCCCCACUCAUCUUUGCCAAAGACCUUCAAAGUUGCUCCUCCUGCCCCAAUGAGGACUUCAUCAAUACAGUUACAGGAACAACAGAAUAUAAACUACUCCACAGAGCCUCCACAAUCACCCCUACCUUCUAGUUUCAAUCCUAGUGUACAAGCCAAGCUUUAUUCAGUAUCAAACCCAAGGCAACAGGCUCUGAAUGAUGCAUUAAACAAAAGAAGGUCAAUGCUUAUCAUGGAGGAUCUACAGGAUCUGUCUCAAAAGGAUCAUGCGACUCAAAGCAAUGCCAGCAUAACAGAUUCUACAGCUUCUGGGUCUUUGUCUCUAAAGUCUUCCAUGAAUACAAAGGCAGCUAGUGAACUACAUACAGAAAGUAAGACUGGCAUAUUAAGUGAUGAUACACAAUUAGAGCCUGGGUUUAAUGACUAUCUCCAAAAGCGUUAUGCCAAAAUUAAUGCAAAUGGAAGUGAAUCACCAUUAUUGGUUUCUGGAAAAAAUAAGGAUGGAUCAAAACGUCCUAUGAGCAGUAUUGAAUUUUCUAAAAUUACAUUUAAUGAAGAUGCGUAUAAACCAAAUGGACAUAAAAGUACAAAAGAUGCUGUAAAGAUCAUCUCAGUGAAACCUAUCUUAACAGACAUGUCACUAUCAAAUACUGCAAAUGCUGCAAUAAUUAAUCAUCAAGCUCCUCCUACACCACCCUCUAUGCCCCCUCCACCACCUCCAACAAUGACACCACCCAAACCACCAGCAGUGCCACCACCUCCUCCCCCACCACCUGUCACAGUUACACCACAAAAUACUUAUCCUACUCCUAAUUUUGUUGCUCCACCACCUGCUCCCCCUCUUGUGGCCUCUAUGCCACCAGUUCCUCAGGCAUCCCCAUUGCUUCCUCCAAAACCAAAGACAAUUUCAGCCUCUUCUACAUCACAAGUAAUUAUUCCUCCUCCGCCACCACCAAAAGCCCCACCAGCACCUCCACCACCUUUGCCGAGUCAAACUGGUACAUCUACUCCAGAACCACAGUUGCCUUUACUUGAGGCACUUCAAGAAAAACAACGAACCCUAAAACAAAUCUCUAAAAUGUCUAUAGAAGUUAGACCUGCUCAGGUAUCUUCUAUUAAUGUGACUAGCGAUGAUGACCAAAAGGCUAGAGUUGGUAAAAUUAAGGGCGAGUUAGAAGCUCUCUUCUCUCCAAAGAAAGAUGAAAAAUUAAGAGAUCUUAAAAAUUCUCGCCCAAGCCUGGAAGUAAAUAAAAAGAGUACUAAUGGAAAUACUACUCAGAAAAAAGGUGGAGAAAACACCAUUGUGAAUUCUUUAAUGAUGAAAGUACCUCAUAUCCCUUCUGUACCUGAGAAAAUAGAUGUUGAUGAAGACACUUCAGACUGGAUACCUAAAAGUAACAACACAAAUUUUCAGAUUCCUGAACCAGACUAUUUGCCAGUCACACCCAUUAAAACAAUGGAGAAUCCAGCAUAUUCAGAUUUGCAAAGUGAUAUUGCAAAGCCCUUAUCCGAGAUCUCUUCAAAACCAGCUUCCCCUCUAAAAGCCACAGGUGUAGUAAGUAUAAAACAGAAUGAUAUUCCAACCUACAAGCCGCAUCGUGAGAGGAAGGCAUCAGCUGAAAGCUUGGCCUUGAACAAAUUACCCCUUGCAGUUUCAGAAACAACUCCAGUGGUGAGUUCAAAUAAAGAUGAAGCAUCUGCAUAUCCAACAACUUCAUUAAAAACAGAAUCUCUCAUAAAACAAGAGGAAGGCAUAAAUACACAUCCUGUCACAGGCGAACAGGUGGAAAACAAUUCUCCAAUGGCUUUGCUUCUGGCUGCAAAGAAACGGGCCCAAAAGGGUAGCCGUUCUGUGGGUCUAGAACGUAGUAAUCUGCCCAAAAUGUCAGUUUCAAGUGGGUUAGUGACAAGUUCUUUGACUUCUCAGUAUAAUGAUGAUAUACAAAACACAUUUGUUGUUGUUCCGAAGAAAGAAAACGAGGGACAAUUUGGUCAAGAGCAAGUAACCAGUUUUAGUUCUAAAUCGAGCAGUCAUUUGGGUAAUGUUUCAUCUUCUUCAAAAUGGACAGAUGGAGAGUUUCCGUCAUCUAGUGUAAAUAUUUUAGGGUUAAAACCCAGUGAUGAAAAGGGAAGUUCAAUGCAUGUGGGGGAAAAAAAUGUUGUACAGGUUCCUACGAAAGACCGAAAUGAAGAAUUUUGGAAAGUAAAGUCUUCUGUCAACAAACUCCCCAAUUCGACAAAUAUGUCAAAUUCCAUUGAUGCAUACACAUUCAAUAUCUCCUCUGUCCCAUCACCUGUGCCAGCGUCAAAGACAUAUGAGGACUUUAAUUAUGGAAUAAUACCUCCUCCAGCGCAAUUCAUGAGCACUUCACCAUCCACAGAUAUUAACAUGCAUCAGACGGAUAGAUUAUAUGUUAACGAGUCAAAAUCUGAUUUAAGAUCGGAAUAUCAGUGGAAUAAUAAAAGUGAUUGGCCUUUGAGAUCUCAGACAAUCUCAAAUAACAGUGACUUUAACAAGUACACAAGUGAUAAUUACAGCACCGGAAUCAGCAGAGAUCCACAUAAAGUUUCCCUAAUUAAGAAACGACUCUAUAUGCCGGAUCCAGAAAGCUCAGGGAGCUACGGAAAAAAUACACACUCUCUAAGGUCAUCAGCUUUGCCAGUGUCUUAUGGUCAUAUGCAUUCUCUACCAACUAGUUCCAGCAUGGCUCCAGAACCACGGCGUUCUAGCAAUCCUUCAAGGUAUAUGCCACAGGGAAGGAGAGUAUCUUCAGAAAAUAUUAACCAAAGGGUACCAACUAUGACUGAUAUGAAAUACAAACCUCAAAACCCUGAAUAUGGGAACUCAAUGAGUAGACAACAAAGUACUUACCAGCCAGGCAUGACCUUCACUGUGAGGCCAGGCACCCGGCAGCCAAUAUCACAGAUGUAUCAAGCAGGCUACCUCUGAAGGAAAGAGUUCUCCUGAAUACCAAGGGCCUAUAGUCUUGCCUAUACUGUAAGCAGAUAUAAACAAGCCUGGAGAUGCUGCUUGUGACUCUGAUCUGA